UCUUCCAUCCCCAGGGCAGGCAUGGCUGGGCACUGAGGAUCUGCCUGAGCCUUCCCAGGCUGAGAGAGGGAUGGGGAAAAGAUACUUCUGUGACUACUGUGACAGGUCCUUCCAGGACAACCUUCACAACAGGAAGAAACACCUCAAUGGAGUGCAGCACCUCAGGGCUAAGAGGCUCUGGUAUGACCUCUUCCGAGACGCUGCUGCCAUCCUGCAGGAGGAGCAAACCAAGAAGCCCUGCAGGAAGUUCCUACAAACAGGCCAGUGUGACUUUGGCUCCAACUGCAGAUUUUCCCACAUGACAGAGCAGGAUCUGGAGAAGCUGAGUGCCCAGGUUCAGGGGGAGCAGAGAUUGAAGGAGCUGCAGCAGGAGGGAGCAGAUGUCCCACCUGGCACCAUUGAGGACUGGCUGGAGAAGAGAGCAAAGAGACUGAGUGCCACUCAGAGUAACAGCGCUCUGCCUGAGAAACCAGCACCUUUCCAGUACCCACCGGGCUGGCCCCCCCUGCAGGAUCUGCCCCCGUCCCUGCGGGCCCCCCCGCCCGGGGGGUGGCCCAUCCCCCCCGGCCUGCAGUGGGGCUGAGCCACAGGGACCUCCCAGAGGUGCUGCUGAGCUGGACCUUGGCCCUCACCUGCUGUGGGGAAGG